AUGAGCGGAAACUUGUCCAAAUCUAUGCGCGAAAACUAUGAUACCCAUGGAGUAGACGAGUACUACAAAAUUGUCGGAUCAUCGUAUCGCAACCCUCACUUUCCGGGUAUCAAACUAUGUAUGAACAUUUUUAUGAACAAUACCAGCACAGACCUAGUGAUAAGGGCGUAUUGGUUUGCGACCUUGCAUGCGGGAGGUAUCGGUGAAGUCACCAUCGCACUCCAAGAAUGGUGGACUACUUGCCAAACUCAGAACCAGUCCACCCCGAGCGCACCUGCUCGUCCAGCUGUACCUCGCCCAGUCGUAUCCCCUCCUCGUCCAGUCGUGGUACCCCUCCGCCCGGCCGUUUCUCCACCCAUUCCGACCUCUUCCCGGGCACAACCCCUUGCGUUCCCACGCAUAAGCUCCGUUGAACCUCCACUUCGAAUCGUUGCCACUGAUCCAUAUACAUCAGAUGCGUACCGUACUCGAACGGGUCUUCCGUGUAUCCCGAUGAGCUUUCACGAUGUGGCUGUGGAAGGUCUGCCUGACGCUUCAAAGGUGUCGUUUGAGGAGAUCGAGAGUGAACUAAAAGGGGAAGAAAAGGUGGACGUAGCCGAUAAAGAUGAAACAGUAAACGCAGAUCAUGGGGAAGCUACGACGGCGACUGUGGAGGAUUCUCAUCCUGAGGACCGAGAGAUCUAUGAUCUCGUGAUAUGUUCUUUUGCGCUUCACCUUUUAACCACCCCCGGAUCAUUAUAUGAACUUCUUUCUACGUUGUCGUGUGGAGCGAGGUGGCUAGUCGUUCUAGAACCCCACAAGAAACCCGAGAUCAAGGAAGGGUGGGGAUGGACGCUGUGGGAUGUUACGGUGUGGCAGGAAGCACAAGGAAGAGAGGGUGAAUUUGUGAAAGAGAGUACCAAUUUGUAG